ACCACUUGGAACCAACGCUAUCGCUCCUCCCUAAGACGCCCGCCCCGCCGACAGACCCCGCCCCAGCAGUGCGGGCGCAGGCGCGGUGUGCUGUCGGUGUAGUGAGCGAGCGGGCCGCCAUGUUGUGCCUCUGGGCCUCGGUGGGCAGAAGCAGGGCUGCGCUGGUAGCACCGUUGGGGUGCUUGGUCACAAGGCAGAAGCACACUCUGCCUGACCUGCCCUACGACUAUGGUGCGCUGGAGCCCCACAUCAGUGCAGAGAUCAUGCAACUGCACCACAACAAACACCACGCCACCUAUGUGAACAACCUGAAUGUUACGGAGGAGAAAUACAAAGAGGCACUGGCAAAAGGUGAUGUUACAGCUCAGGUGUCGCUUCAGCCUGCACUGAAGUUCAAUGGUGGAGGUCAUAUCAAUCAUACCAUCUUCUGGACAAAUCUUUCUCCCAAUGGAGGAGGAGAACCUAAAGGAGAAUUGAUGGAAGCCAUCAAGCGUGACUUCGGUUCCUUCGCAAACUUCAAGGAGAAACUAACAGCUGUAUCAGUUGGUGUUCAAGGAUCAGGCUGGGGCUGGCUUGGUUAUAAUAAGGAGCAGGGACGUCUACAGAUCGCAGCCUGUGCAAAUCAAGACCCUUUGCAAGGAACAACAGGUCUCAUUCCAUUGCUGGGAAUCGAUGUAUGGGAACAUGCCUAUUAUCUUCAGUAUAAAAAUGUUCGACCUGACUAUUUGAAAGCUAUUUGGAACGUGAUCAACUGGGAGAAUGUAUCUUCGAGAUACGCAUCUUGCAAAAAGUAGAGUGGAAUUCUUGCACAGACUACUAAAAUGGCACCACUUCUGCUUUGGUUUCACUCUUGUUGUAGUUUCUGUGGCAUAUCAAUGAAUUACUCUAAUACAGAAGACACUUAGCUCAUCUCGCAAAAGCAUUUCAUAAUCAAGCAACGUGUCUGCUUGUCUAAUCCUGUGGAAAGUGUUUGCUUAGGUUUUUGAAGCUUUAGACUGUUGUGCAACAAAGGGGAAGACACUUUAAAUAAUCUGUUCCAUUGCAUAUAGAAACAUAGCUCACUUUGCUGAAGCUUAAUGAGGUAAUGGAUUUCUUUGUUGCACUUAAAUACCUAAGUUGAAACGCACACUUUAUGUUACUAUGAAAAAAUAAAACUCAAAAGAAGAAUCUUACGUAA